AUGCCUAAACCAGCCUUAGGAACCAUCCCUAAGAUUCCUACGCCCACGGCGAAGUCCACGGGCAAGACCACUAGGAAGCCCACCAAUAAGUCAACAUCCAAGGCAUCUACCAUCAAGAGAACCAAGAAACCUUCCACAACCAAAUCCAAACAAUCUCGACUCCCGAUCCCCAAAACCACCACCUUGGAAGGCAUCUUCUCCCAAUCCCAGCCCACAAAACGACUUUCCAUGUUCGAAGAGGACGAUGGGUUCAUCUACAAGCGGUCCCAGGAUAUUCAGGACGUCCACGGAGUCAAUGACAACCACGGAGUCCACGAUACCCACCACCAAGGACCAACCAGGAAACUCAAAACCGUGUCUACGCCUAUCUCCAACCUCAAUAAGGCCUUAGAUAGCCUCAGUUCCCCCAAUUACGUGGAACACUUUGAUUUUGAUACGUCGACAAAGAAGGUGGGCAAGUUAUCGUCCCCCAUACGACCAAGGUACGACCAAAAGUAUGAUAGUUCGUCUGAUGAUUACAUCGAACAGGUUUCCCACCACACCAUCGACCUCAUGGAUGAUACCUCCCAUGCAAAGAAGCACAAACCUAACGACAGAAGGUCAUCGUACUUGAAUCGGGGCAAACGUCUUCUGUCUAUUGGUAACGGCUUGGAAGGUGUCCCUCAUGAAGAUGUCCCAUCACGUGACUUCUUCAAACUUCUCGAUACGUCACUUCCUGAACCUCAUAGAAUGAAACAGCUUCUUGUUUGGUGCAUUGAUAGGAAGCUUAAGGCCACAGAUAAGUCAGGCAUGCGGUCGGCCAUGUCCGAUAACAUUAAUACCUACCAGGUAGCUGAAGUGAUCAAAAAGGAGGUUCUUACAGACUUGAAGAAUGGUGAUAUUAACACCAGCUGGUACAACAAAUCACCAGAAGAUUCCUCUCAGGGGAUUCUUGGUACCAAGGAGAUCUUACUUCCUAAUCCUUUGAACCAAGCUACUCAAGAUAACAUCAAAAAGUUUAAUAAUGAAAUCAGAGCUUUGAAAAGAGAGAAAGUUGAAUGGCAGAAAGUGUUUGAUCAACAAAUAAAACCAUUAAAUGGGUUUGUGGAUUUUAAAUCUGGAAUCCACAAAGAUGAAAUCCACAAAAAUGAAAACCACAAAGAGAAAUUUCUUUUGUACUUUAAACACAAAAACAAAUUCGAUCAAUAUAAACAAAUUCUUGAUGAGUCUUUGGUGAAUGAUUUAGAACGUACACAAAAUGAAAUCAUUUCCAAAUACCUGAAUAAAGCUGAAUCUUCUAUCAAUGAAUUAUUCAACUUGACUCACAAACUACUGAAAAUGAAUGAAAUUGUGGAUCAUUAUAAGAAUAGAGUUCUUACACCAAAAAUUGAAGAACUCUCCACCAGUUUCUUCAAUAAGUCAAAGGUUGAAUCCUCAGGUGAGGGUAUAUGGCCACCUCAUAAGACUUUGGUAUUGAAGGAUAUCCUUAAUGGAAUGGUUCGAUUAGAUGAACCACAGACAUAA